AUGAAGCAACCCCCCAGCAAUGAAAUUCGUUCCUUGCCCCAGAGGGGGAGGCGACGAGUUGGUAGGGACAGCGUCAGUAGUGACGAGAUAGAGUCGGAGGAUAACGGCAAGCAGAGUGGGUACGACAGCGGCAAAAGCGGGAGCAGCGUUCAUAUUGACGGCAGCGAAGAGGCAAGCACGCAGAAUGUGGCUCUGCCCUAUGGGAAUAAGAAAAUAAAGGACGACCAACUCGAAAAGACAUACCAGUACGAAUACCUGGACCACCCAGCCGAUGUCAUCCUACACAGUUACGGAAAGACCCUAAAGGAGUGCUUCGAGUCUGCAUGCGUAUCAAUGUUUAAUUAUAUGUGUAACUUGAAUAAAGUGGAGCCAAAAUUAUCAAGGCACAUAACAGCUAGAGGCGAAACCCUGGAAGACUUACUGUAUAACUUUUUAACCGAAUGCCACUUCUUGUAUGGCAGUGAAUACAUCAUUUGUAAAGGUGUGGACAUUUUAGUUUUCGAUCAGAGGUCCUUUUUCAUCGAGGCCUGUGCAUAUGGGGAUGUUUUUUCGCCUGACCUGCACGAAUGUGGCACGGAGAUAAAGGCUAUCACAAAACAUGAGCUGAGAAUUUGCUUGACGGAGGACCUUUGGGAAGCGUUUGUCCUGGUCGACAUAUGA